AUGAGUAGUGCUAGAGGUGGAUCAUCUAGAGCCUAUGAUAUGAUUAUGAAAUUGUUAUUAGUUGGUGAUUCUGGUGUUGGUAAAUCUUGUUUAUUAUUGAGAUUUGUUGAAGAUAAAUUUAAUCCAUCAUUUAUUACAACAAUUGGUAUUGAUUUUAAAAUUAGAACUAUUGAAUCGAAAGGUAAAAAAAUUAAAUUGCAAGUAUGGGAUACUGCUGGUCAAGAAAGAUUUAGAACUAUUACAACUGCUUAUUAUAGAGGUGCAAUGGGUAUUGUAUUAAUCUAUGAUGUUACAGAUUCAAGAUCUUUUGAAAAUGUUGAAAAUUGGUUUCAAACUGUUACUCAACAUGCAAAUGAAGAUGCUCAAAUUUUUUUAGUUGGUAACAAAUGUGAUGAUGAAGUUAAUAGACAAGUUUCAAAAGAACAAGGUCAAGAAUUAGCUUCAAAAUUAAAUAUACCAUUUUUAGAAGCAAGUGCAAAAUCAAAUGAAAAUGUUGAUUCUAUAUUUUAUGAGUUAGCUGGUAUUAUUCAAGAUAAACAUGUUGAAGAAGCGAAUGCUACUGGUGGUAAUACUGGUAAUAUUGAUGUAUCACAAAAUAAUAGUGGUAUAAAGAAUAAUUGUUGUUGA